CUUGAUCAGUCCCGAUCAUAUAAUAUGUGCUGACUGACGGCGGUUAGUGAACUACUAUUGGGCAAGUUUAUGAUGCCUCUUUUUAAGAAAGGGGGAGCAAAUAUUUCCGACUCUCGCAAAACUGAUGGAGAUAAAAAACUAUCGAAUAAUCGCUCCGGAAGCGCUGGAACAGAAAAUACCUCACAAAUGCAUCCGUCUGUUCAAAUCCCGGAACCUCCGCGUUCUUCCAAAUCUAAUGAUAUGGCUUCUAGAACACCUCAUCCACCAAGAACAGACUCAGGACCAUCACCGCCAAUUCCUCCGCCAAAGUUUGUUUUCUAUUGUCAGUUAGCUCAUGGAAGCGCCACUGGAAAAGUGGAAGGAUUUACAAACGUGAAAGAACUCUACCAAAAAAUCGCAGAGGUCUUUAAAAUGCAGUCAAAGGAGAUCUUGUUUUGUACACUAAAUACAUAUAGAAUUGACAUGGAAAGGUUACUUGGAGGGCAAAUUGGACUUGAUGACUUUAUAUUUGCACAUGUCAAAGGACAAUGCAAAACUGUGACAGUGUUAAAAACAAGCCCAGCCUUGGGUCUUACCAUAACAGAUAAUGGAGCGGGUUGCGCAUUUAUCAAACGCAUCAAAGAAGGAAGCAUUGCAGAUGGAGUGGCUCAGAUUUGCAUUGGAGAUCAUAUAGAAGCUAUAAACAACACAACUGUUGUUGGUACUAGGCACUAUGAUGUAGCUCGUAUGUUAAGAGAGCUUCCAGUUGGAGAGGAAAUCAUUUUUCAGUUGAUUGAGCCUGUGAGGAGCUUUGAGGGUAUUGGUCCAAGGACAGGAAGUCGUGGAGCCAGUUCAUCUUCAGCUGCUAAUGCAGUAGGAAGUGGGAAGACAACUCUGCGAUUACGAUCCAAGGGUCCCCCUGUUGUGGAAACAGAAGAGGCACCUGCAUGGGAACUGAAAGCUGCUCAGAGAAUAGAUGACCUGUUGGAAAGCUUUAUUGGAAUAAGGGAUCCUGAUCUGGCUGAGACACUGGUAUUGAAGAGUAAGACAGUCUCCAAUCCAAGUGAUUUUGCUAUGGCUGUAGAUGAAGAAUUUGCAGAUUUCCAGUUCCCAGACGAUUUUAUAUUUGACAUUUGGGGUGCAGUGUCAGAUGGUAGAAGUGGAAGGUUAUAAUUGUUGUCAAAUUGAAAAUAUGUUACUCUUUGAUAAAAAUCCAAAGUGUUUCAUUGACACAGGUUAAAGUUGUCUGAAUGAGCAUGAAAAUGCAAAUGCAAUUAACCUUUUUUUUUUUCAUUUGGCCACCUUGAAAUUUCUAAAUUCUUUACAAGUAUAAAUUGAAGAGGCUAGCUAGCUGCGUGGGCUGCUAACUAGAUGUAGAAAUCUGGGAAGGUUUUUCAUUGGACAAUUCUGAGACUUUAGAGCAAGAGAUUUAAGACUUGUAAGAAUGUCCUCAGAGUUUUGUGUUAGAACUUCUGAUCAUAGUUUAGGAGUCACACUUUAUGUGUUGUUUUUUCUUCAUUAGACAAUGCAACACUCCCAUGUCAGUUGAUCUCACUUGACAUGCAGCUUUUUUAUUUAAUGGUUAUUAUCUGUUUGUUAAAUAGAUUAAUUGAAUAAAUGUAUCAUAUAAAUACCUUAUAGAUAUUGUACUGAUGUCUGUAUUUAUCUUUACACAACUUUUUUAAAUUUGUGAGAAACAACUUUAAUCUAUUGAUUAAUUAAGCUGGUCAGUCGAAAAUACACAAAGAGAUCCAGGUCUUAAGAUGGUUAUUCAUUUCCUAGGAUAUAAGAGAAGUACAUUUCAGAGUAGAAACAUUUCUCCUCUCACUUCACAGUUGAAGCACCAAUUGGUCCAACAUAAGUAAGGAACAGCUUUUAAUAGUUUCAUUUUGCCCCCAGUUCAGUAAACAAGCUUCAACCACAGAAGGCAAUAAUUACAUUUUUCUUCAUUCAGAUUUGGCACGCAGUAAUGUUUUUACUGGGAUUAAAAACACUUAAAACUCUGAAGUUUAAAGCAAACAUAUGAUCAGUUUGUUUCAUACACCACUGUCAGUCAUUGUAAUUCAGAAGCAAGCAGAGUAGAUUGAAAUCCACCAUUCAGAACAUAGGAAGGCAACUUUCACACCUUUCCGUCAAGUUUGUUUUAGAGUCUAGUGUAGAGUAAAAAGGAUUCUUACACUUAACGGUGUGCCUGAUGAUACAAAAUGUAUGGUGCUUUUUGCCUGGUGGAACACAUGUCACUUAAUCCAAAACGAUGCAGAAAGUUGAAAAUGAAUUAAUGUUAGCAAUUCACUGAUGUAGUAAGUAAUUCUAGUUGCAUCAUUGACCACAACAAACUUUUCUUGUUGCAUCGAUGGUAGUACAGUAUUUAUUCAGUGUCUUUUGGUAUUGUACUACCACCUGAUAGACUGGACAUAUCGACCUCUCUCUUGGAAGGUACGAUCUUUAAACUUAAAUUAAGGAGACACUUACUGUACAUGCCUGGGUCUAGUACUUUGCUUUAGAUUUUUCUCUUGUGGCGCAUUUUGGCCUUUAGACACAUAUAAUUUAAAAGUAUAAACAUUAUGGAACUAAUAUAAGCUCUGCCAGUUGGAAGGCCCGAACUCCUUGGUUGGCUUAAGUCAAAUUUAUGUCUUAAAGUAAAUAGUAGGAAUUCAGUUUGGUGAACUAGUGAAAGUGUCUGCUAUCUAUGUUGCAUCUGGUUGAAUCAAUAUGUAAAAUAGAUCUUUUCCCACAUAUCAAGUAAAUAGGUACCAAUUCUGUUUGAAUGUUGUUUGUUUUUUCUAUUUUCUGUAGCUGAAUAUGUAAUCUGUUGAAACUUUGGACAUGUAAGAUGUUAUUUAUUUUAUGGUCUCACUGCUGAACUUCCAAGUAGAUGUUGUGGUUCAAUUUCAUCCUUGGUUCAGAUUUUGUUUUCUUUUGUUUUUGGGUAUUGUAAUGUAUCACAAUGAGUUUGAAACAGAAGAAAAUAAAAUUUGAACCAAGGAUAAAAUUGAACCACAACAAAGACACCAUAAAUAAGUGUUUCCAUAUUAUUUCAGGCCUAUAGUUUGGUUUAGAGAUCUUCAGUCAGUUUUUCUUACUCUCAUAUGCAUGCAAAUUGAAAUUGUGGACUUGUGGAGUUGUAUAAUCAAAUUUUAAAUAAAACUCAGCAGGUUAUGUAGUGAAAAGUAGAUUAUCAGUGGAAACCGAUAGUGGGUAUCAUGUAGUCUGAUCAUCUGGGUGAAAGUAGUUCUGCUAAGGUAUGAUGGGCAUAGCUCGUUGUUUAACCUUCUACACCCUUACAUCAGUAUUCAUAUUCUCCGUACUGUUCCCCAUACACCACAAGGAGAAUUUGUUUAAAAAUCCCGAGCUACUUCAGUUGGUGAUCAUUUCCUUUAUUCUUAUGACCUUAAUGUUUAGUUCAGGGAUGAUAUUGUGAUAAGAAAUUAGAUUCUAGUUGCUCUUCAGGGUUGAAGGGUUAGCGAUCAUUGUUGGAUUGUUACCAUUCUUAUACUAUUAAACUAUUAACGUUGCA